CACCACUUUAAAGUUUGAUCCAACCAAGAUUAUUUACUUUUACUAAAAUAGAAUUUUCCAAAUAGGUAUCGAUACUUGAAUAAUGUCGGCCGAUGAUACAAAUAAUAAUAAUAAUUUAUCUCAUAGUUUAGUAGAAAAUCCGGAACACAUAAAUAUGCAAUCUAAUGAUAUGAUUCUUGAUGAAAAUAUAAUCAGUGAUACUAAUAAUAAUUCAUCAAAUAAUAAUAAUAAUAGUAAUAAUAGUAAUAAUAAUAUUAUUACUGAUAAUAACGAUGGUCAACAAGUAGUUGAGGAUAAUAACGUUGAUGAUUCUUUAUUUAUUGAAGAAUCUGGCAAUGAAAACCAGGAAUCUGAAUUGGAAAAUAUUAUAAUGGAAAAUGAAAUUAUUAAUAAUAUUAAAUAUAAUAACAAUCCGAUAUCAGAAUUUAAUAGUAACCUAAUGGAUAACAUAAAAUCUAUUGUUGACUUAUUUGGAAAUCGACCAGAUUCAUUAAUUACAGAAUUAAAUAGAUUUGUUCAAAAAUUUUUACAACAAAAUAUUGAAGAAAUUCAAUUUCUUAAAGUUAAAAACCAUGUAUUACAAGAAUUAAUUAUAGAUUUAAAAUCUAAAGCUUAUGAAGCUUCUUCAACACAAAAUCAUAGGGAAGAGACAGUAAUUUUAGAAUUAUCCAAGAUGAGAAGAGAAAAAUCCAACAAUCAAAUAUCACCACCAUCUCCAGAAACAAAUGAAUAUAUGCAAUCAAGCUCUGCACAUACUCUUCUCACUGGAGGAGCUUCUACAAAUAACCCACAGAGGAGAACAAGAAGAAUCAGAAAGAAACUGAAUGAACCAGUUCAUAAAGUUUCAUCACACGAUGCCAAUGAAAGUUCUGACGAAGAUGAAGAUGAUCAUAAGAUGACAGAUGAACAUUAUAGGCCAAAUAAUGAUGUAUACGCACGAUUAAAUUCAAUGAGAUUAAGCGAAAUAGAAUAUCCAAGUAGUGAUGUAAAUCAACCUGAAUCUGACGAGGACGAAACAGAAAACGAAUUUUCCACUCCUGAAAAACCAAAGAAAAAGAAGAAAAAGAAUACCUCAGACGAAGAUAAUGAUUACAUUCCAAAUCUUAAACCACAACCUCGCACCAAUAUUAUCUCCAGUCAUCCUCAACCACCUAAGACAACAACACUAGUAUCUCCACCAAGCUCCUCGAGUAUUGCCAGCUCUGUUUCUAAACCUGUUAAUAGUAGUAGGUCAGCAAAUAUUAAGCCUCCAAUCGCUAUCACAAAUCCUAUUACCAUUAUUAACAAUUCUGGUCCACCGACCCAACCAACAACCAACAUUCCAAAACGUAGAGGAAGACCAAGAAGAGUUAGACCAGAAGAUACUGCUGCUAACUUACAACCCUCGCUUUCUGGUCCUCUUGGAGCAGUAAUGACUCAACCUUUCCAAGAAACAAUCAAAAAUCCCCUCUCUACUACAGCUAUUCAAAGAACUGCUUCUACUGGUACGGAGGAUACUACAGCUCCAAAUAGUGGCCCCAAUACUACUACUACUACAGCGUCAUCCAGUAAUAGUGGUGCUUUCCCCUCAAUAACUCCUUCUGAUCAAAAGAUGAACCAAAGCACCAAUAACAAUCCAGCAGCCGACUCCUCUCAGAUGCCAACAACAGAAAUGUUCUCUCGUAUACCUCCAAACAUGUUUGAAUCACCAGCUUCCUUACAACCAACUAUUCAAACCACUCCUUCAAAUGGUGGCGAAUCUAGCUCAUCAAAUAGCUUUUCGGCAAAUGUAUAUAAUCAAAUGAUGUCACAGAGUUUAUUGGCGCAACAAAAGAAAAGAGGUCCUAAACCAGGUCCAAGACGUGGUGGAUCUAAGGCCAUGUUUACUAUUUAUGAUUCUAAUUCUUUCAAACUUACAUAUGAGAAGCCUGGUGUUACAAAGAUUACAAAAGCUUCGAUUUCAAAUGGUCCACAAACCAUCUUUGUUGACUCUGAUGUUUCACAAUAUGCAGAAUUGUCAAAUGCUCUUGGCUCUAUAGGUGGUAAUGUCGUGUCCCAGUUUGGAAAUGCUACCGAUAGCCAAACUCGUCAAAUAACAACAAAUGAGAAUGUAAGCAGUACUAGCAGUAACAGUAAGACCACACCAAUCACCACCACAACAACAACAACACAACCAAACAAUAUUAGCAAUAAUAAUGUUGCAAGCAACAGUAUUUCAACUGUUGUUGCUUCAUCAACAGAUACAGGGAUAACUUCACACAACAACAGCUCAUCGAAAGCAUCUCGCCGUUUCACCAGCCAUGCCUCCAACAUGAUCAACAACAACCUUAAUACUGGUUCACCAAUUAUUGCCUCCAACUUUACAGGAGGCAAUAAUGGUGGAGGUAUCCUUGUGAUGAAUCCAACCUCCAAUAAUACGGCUGCAAGUCAUCCAUUCUUGGUGCCAAGUGCUACUAAUCCAAAGAGGAAUAUUGAGCCUAAUAGCAGCAGAGAUUACUUUGCCCAAAUAACGACAGAGACCAAAGACGGAACACAAGAUAACAGAUUGAGUGUUGAGAUGAGCUCGUUAGCGGUUGUGAAACAUGAAGAAGAGGAAAGACGAAACAGCAUCAAGACAAACAAUGCUCAAUAACCCCACAAUCGCAUCAUUUAAUAGUGGAGCACCUGCACAACACGACCCGCUAAACCAUCCCCCACCAAUUGUUCGUAUAAGGUUGGCUCCUCAAUUGCAAACACCAGAAUCAACCAUUGCUACCUCUUCGAGUAGUAGUAGUGGAAGCAGUGGUAAUUUCACAACAGGAUCUUUUAACAACAAUAUUGGAAAUAAUGAAACUACAGUUGAGGAAAGAAAAAAGCUUUGUAGUAGACGUGUUAGAAAGGUGUAAUAUUAAUACCAAACAAUGUGAAGAAUCAAUAAAAUAACUGUAAUAUUAGUUCUUAU